AUGGAAGAACCCCCAGUUGAAGCUUGGUGUUUUGAUUUACUUUUAUUUUAUCGAAGUUUGGGGGAUGAUGACCCUCAAGCUAAGAAAAUGCUUGCAGAAUUGGAGGCAUAUGAAAGAUUCUCAUUUGUAGUUAAUGGAUUAAUUACUUGUUUAUUAGUUAGUUUUGGUCUUAUUGGAAAUGCUUUAUUUGUUUAUCAAUUACAUAACAAAUCCAAUCACUUUUCUCGCCGUCUAGCCAAACAUUUAACAGCUUUAUGUAUUUGGGAUAUUGCCCUUUUAUGUUGUUGCCUUUGCUCUUAUGGUAUUAUUUGUAUGUGCCUAGGUAUUUUACCUUUUGUUGGAGUAACUGCUUAUUUACUUUAUUUAUUCCAACCAUUUGCCAGUUUUUGUGUUACCGGAACUAUUUGGCAAGUAUUAGCAAUUACAAUCGAAAGACACAAAGCUGUUUCCCGUCCAUUAGAACAGCGUACUCGAAAAGGACAAUUCUCUUUACGUUCAAUAUUUUCUUGUAUUGUUUUUGGGGCUUUUGCUUUGAAUUUUCUGGCUGUUCCUUUUGAAAGGGCUUUAAUAGAUUGUUAUGAAUUUCGUUCUAAUGGAUUUGAAGUUAGAACAAUGAUUGUACAACGAGAAUUGGUAUGA